CUGCCCCCCGCGCGGCGCGACGCGAACGCGAUGGAGCCGCAUUGCCGCGGCGGCGCUCCGGGCGCCACCGCCUCGCCGCCUUCGCGGCCGCUGCCGUUGCCGUCAGCGCUGAUGCCCCCCAAGAAGCGCCGCCUCUUCACGCCCACCCCUCGCAGGGCCGCCACCCCGCCACCACCACCGCCGCCGCCCCCCGCCGUCGAGAACCUAGCGAUCCCCGCCGCCUCGAGCCCCCCGCCGCCGCCUCGGGAUGCCGACGCGGAGCCCUCGACGGCACCGCCGCCGCCCCCUGUCGAUCACGACGCGGCUGCGGCGGCGAGGCCAUCAACGGCACGGAAGGUCGUGAGAAGGGUUGUCGUCAAGAAGAUUGUCCCGAAGGGCACGUUCGCCGCGCGGAAGGCCGCGGCGGCUGCGGCUGCGGCUGCCGGGGUAUCGUCACCGGAGACAGCGGGAGAAACCCCAACCGACGAUCCAGCGGGUGAUCAGGGCGGUGCGGUGGGAAAUGAGCGAAAUUUGGAGGAACCCCUCGGUGAAAAACCGGCCAUCGAUUGCAAUGCCGUUGCGGUUGUGGAAGAAUCGGCGUGCGAAGAGGACGACGACGAGGUGGUGGUAGCGGGGGAAGGAGCCUCAGAGCCGGCAGCUGACCGUGGCGAUGGUCGUGUGGGGGAGGAGAUGGUGGGCGAUGCCAUGGAGACGGAGACGGAGACGGAGGAGGUGGGGAUGUCGGAGCGGCAGAAGAGGAUGACGAUGGAGGUGUUCGUCGGCGGGCUUCACCGGGACGCCAGGGAGGAGGACGUGAGGGCGGUGUUCGGCAAGGCAGGGGAAAUCGCCGAGGUGCGGAUGAUAAUGAACCCUCUCGCGAGGAAGAACAAGGGGUACUGCUUUGUGCGCUACCGCGAGGCGGCGCAGGCGAAGAAGGCCAUUGCUGAAUUUGAGAACGUGAAGAUUUGUGGGAAGCUCUGUCGAGCUGCAGCUCCAGUUGGGAAUGAUAGAAUCUUUCUUGGAAACAUCGACAAGAAAUGGAAAAAAGAAGACGUCAUCAAGCUGCUAAAGAAAAUUGGAAUUGAGAACAUUGAUUCUGUAAGACUUAUGCCUGAUUCAAAGAAUCCAGUCUGUAAUCGUGGUUUUGCAUUUCUUGAACUGGAGACUAGUAGAGAUGCAUGGAUUGCAUACAAAAAGCUUUCACAGAAAAAUGCUUUUGGCGAAGGCCUAAAUAUAAGAGUUGCAUGGGAUGAACCAUCGAAUGAUCCAGAUGAGAAAGAUAUGGAGGUUAAAUCGAUUUUUGUGGAUGGGAUACCAACUUCCUGGGAUCAUGCUGAGCUGAAAGAAAUUUUCAAGAAACAUGGGAAGAUCGAAAGUGUGGUCCUGUCACGUGAUAUGGCAUCAGCUAAAAGGAAGGACUUUGCCUUUAUUAAUUACAUUACACACGGGGCUGCAAUAUCAUGUCUUGAAUCAUUUGACAAGGAAGAGUUCACUAAGAAUGGCUCAAAGGUGAAUAUUAAAGUUUCACUGGCUAAACCUGUUCAAAAGAGCAAGCAGAUUAAUGAAAGCCAUAAAUAUAGUAUUAGUGGGAAAGGAAAAAUGAAGACUUCUAAAAUAAGGUCCCCUAUUCAAGAUUAUCCCCACAUUUAUUCUGGAGGGAAGCGGCCCUUUUCAAAACUGGGUGAUGCUUCUUUUUAUCCAUUGAGAGGUUAUUCUCGUCCUCGUCAUGAGGGUAGUACCUAUACUACAGCAGAAUUAAGCUAUGUUGCUCUGCCCCCUGCUACCACUGAAUCUUCUCCACCAUAUUACUAUCACAGCAAUAGAUAUCCUCCACACCUAGCUUCUUAUUAUGGACUAACCGGAAUACCGAGCGGUAGUCAGGUGAGACAAGCAGGUUCUCGGCGACUAGCGGGGUCCGAUCAAAGUAGGCAUGGCAAAAAAUAUUGACUACAUGAUAAUGGCGACUAUUUUCGAACCUCAGAUGCUGGUCUUUUGUGGAUUCACUGCGUGAGAAGUCCGUAGCUGAACCAUGGCAGAAUACAAAAAUACUUAAAAAGUUUGACAUCGCUAUUGGUGUACCAUACAGUUUAGUGAUGGCUGUGAUGCUCUUUUGGGGUGGAUAUAUAGUCUUAUAGUUUGGAACAUGGGAAUUUGAGUUGGGAGCUUUGCUUGACCUGUAUAUUUCCAUGCAGGGACCCAUGAAAUUCCCUUGUCCCAAAACAGGCCUUAGUUGUUAGUGGCUAGUUCUUAUGCAGCAAAAUGUGUUGUGUUCGUCUUGAUGGCCAUUGUACAAAGGAAACUUGAAAAUGGUUCUGAAUCCAACACCAAAAAAGUUGUCCUCGUAUAUCUGCCUACCCUGUUGAAU